AAAAAAAAAAAAAAGAGCUCAGCCCAGGAUCAGUAGUCCUUGCCUAUAGUCCCAGCUACUUAGGAGCUGAGGUAGGACGAUCACCAGUUCGAGGCCAGCUUGGGCAACUUAGUGAAACCCUGUCUGUAAAAAUAAAAAGGGCCGGGAAUGUGGCUCACUGGUAGACUACUUGCCUAGCAUGCACAAGUUCCUGGGCUCCAUCCUUAGUACUGAAGGAAGAAAGAGGAAAAACAAAACCAAAUUGAGACACCCAGUGCUCCUUGUAGACUGCCCAGCCCAGUGUGGAGUGUGCUGGGGCCUGUCCUUUUCCCUCCUGGCUGCUGGGGUGUGAGCUGCUCUGAUGGGCUCCCUGCUCAUGACAGCCAGCAGGAGAGGGGAGACAGUGCAGGGUCUUGGGGUAGAAGGACCAUUAGCUGCAGCACCCAGGACAACAACAGCAGCAAAGCCCUCAUCGCUGGGUCUGUUUCAGGCUAGGCCUUGGGGGUCACCUCGAGCGAGCCCUGGAAGGCUGAGAGGGAGACUGGAAUCUGGGUGUUCUGGAGCUGAAACGCGUCGCACAGACCCCCUCUGCUUUGCCACUCAGGACUUGCUGCUGCAGAGGAGGGCUGGGGGCUUGGGGAUGACGGACUUCUUUCUCUUAGUCCCAUGGCUGCUGGUGGGACCAUGCCUCACGCACACCGGCUGGCUGCCCUCCUCCCUUCAGAAGCUGCUUUUGCCCUGCUGGGCAUGUUCUUCACCACCGUGGCCUUCCUGCAACUCACCUGCUCUCAGAGUUCAGUGUCACUUGGUUCCUUGUAGUCAUGUGGCACCUGCAUUUGUAGCAGCUUGGCUUCCGCACUAGACACUGAUCUGUGUGCAGACAGGAACUGGCUGUCAUACUUCCCCUGCCUCCCCGGUGCCUGGAGGUGCUGGGACCCCCUUCCCUUUUGCAUGCUUGGUUGACUUCAUUCUGCCUUCUGAGCACCGGGGUCUUCCCAGGCCAGCUGCAGUCCCUCGUGGCAGAAGCUCAUCUGCUGUACCCACGCACAGGGGGCCCAGAAGCACUGGUUUCUCUGUAUGUGUCACCCCUUCCCAACGGGCAGAUGUCACUUCCCUGCUGUUGAGACCCUCCUCUCCAGCCUUCAGGAAGCCACUGGCUCCUCUCAGUCCCCGAGCGGUUCCUGGACACCCAUGGUGCCAGCUGCCAGGAUGUGCUCCUUAAACCGAACAGCCAGAGUAGUCCAGCCCUUUUGCACCCCCUGCCACAGCUGUUGCAGUAUCUCCCAUCUUCCCCUCCCGUUUUUCAGGCCGGUGGUUGAGCGAGGGUGUCUUGGCCGUCUGCUACUAAACAGUUAUCAGAGGAGUUGGUGGAAGCAGGCUGGGGUGGGCAUCUGUGAAGAGAGUGAAAGCCUGUUGUGUGUUUUUCACUAGGAUGUCGCCAGGAUGGUCAGGCUCUUUACCCAUGGAGCCGAAUCCCAGAACUACAGGAGGUUGAGGCAAGAGGAUCGUGAGCUCAAGUCUUGCAAGACCUUGUCUCAGAGAUAAAAAGGGUUGGGAAGUGGACAGUGAACAGCGGUAGUGAACUCUGGGUUUGUCCCCAGUACUGCAGAAACACAACCCCCCAAAUACAGUCACACUAACUGACACUUGUGAGGUCUUGUUCCUAGUGGAUUCCCUGGUGUAGCUUCACCUUGCCGUGUGUUUUAGGGCUCUUGUGUCCAGCCGGAGUUCCAGCCUCACUGAGCCAGCUGGCCCUGAGAGCUUCCUGCUCCGGAAGUGCCCCAGCACUGACCAUGUCUAUUAUGGACCACAGCCCCACCACUGGUGUGGUCACAGUCAUCGUCAUCCUCAUCGCCAUUGCUGCGCUGGGGGCCUUGAUCCUGGGCUGCUGGUGCUACCUACGGCUGCAGCGCAUCAGCCAGUCGGAGGACGAGGAGAGCAUCGUAGGGGAUGGCGAGACCAAGGAGCCCUUCCUGCUGGUGCAGUAUUCGGCCAAGGGACCGUGUGUGGAGAGGAAGGCCAAGUUGAUGACCCCCAGUGGCCCGGAAGUACACGGCUGAUCUGGGCCAUGAGGCUCCUGGUCCCGUUUGCAGCCAGCUGAGAGGCGCCGGGAGGGCAGAAUACAGACAUGCUGCUGUUUGGGAGGAAGGGCUGACACUUGCCGGCAUGGCCUCAGCAGGCUUCAUCAUCGCAUGCACUGACUCCGGGGGCCUGGCUGUCCUUGGCCUCUCCCUGGCCUCCUGGUGGGGCUGCCCAUUGCAGGCAGUGGGUAGGCCUGACCUUGCUGGGGCUCAUGGCCCUUAGAGCUUCUGUUACUUGAAUGUUUAGCUGAGCCUGUUUUUGACAGAGCAACUACUGUAAUGCGUGAAUUAACAAACCUGUGAACUGUAAAUAGGCCCCAGAAGCACGUGCUUAAGCCUUUUUGCUGAUUUUUCAAAUAUCACUUAGAGCACACGGGAGGAACCAGUUAGAUUGCGACCCCGCUGGCGAUGAGGCGGGUCUCAGACUUUAAAGGCCCGGCUGCACGUGGCAGGGGCUGUAGUCUCUCCACGGUAUGUGAAGGAAGUGAGGGGUCAGGUAUUGGGUCAGCUGACCGAUUGGGUGCUUUGGUGAUUGCUGCCUGGUUAGUACCAGGUAGAAGAACCACAGCCCUCCCUCUGACUGGGAGACGCAGUUGAAUAGCAGUGACUAGCGACGGCGUUAUUGCAAGGAAGCCACCGUAUCUGCUUGGGAGCCGGUGAAGGACACGAGUCCCGAGGGCUGCCAGACAGCUGGGUAGCAGAGCAGUUUCCUGUCCCUUUGGUCUUGCGCAUGCUGAGAACUCCCCUUAGUUCAGGCUCCCUAGAAACACCAGAGCCCAUGGUGGCUGCCUCUGUCUGAAACCCAAAUAGCCCAGGAGAGAGAGGAAACACUUUGUUUUUUAAGGUGGAGGAGGAGGCUAUUGUCGCGCCCCCACAUCCCAGCCACUUCCCUUUUCACAAGUCAGCUUCCUUUCCUUUCCUCUCUGGUGACCACCCACCUGCUGGGUACUGGAUUUCACUUUCUCACAGGGUGGGCAGGUCCCUAGAUUGUCACGAGGCCCCUGCCUGGCUCUCCCAGCACUGUGUGCACGCUCCCAUUCACAGGAGCCACCAGAUGCUCCCUGCCAGACUGUACUUCAUGCGAGUGGCUGGUGGGACUUGAGCUCAGGACUUUGUUCUCAGACGAGGACUCGGUAGCUCUCGGUCAAGGCCCCACCUUGUCAGCUGCAUCUCCAAGUUGUCCCCUGUGUAUACUUCACUGAGCUCGCUUAGGCUCCUAACCCCGCCACUGCAAGCACCUCCUGAACAUGAUUCAAACGUGGCUUGUACUGGCAUCUAGGCUAAUGAGCCGGAGUUGGCCCGGGCUUAACCUCAGACACUGGCCCUUUACACUUGAGCCACCUGCAAACAGCAUGGCCAGGGAGCAGAGCUCGGGCCGCCUCUGAAAAGCAUGUUGAACUAAUCUACUUUCUAGAACCCCUGUGGGGAGCUCCAGGGAACACUUCCAUUUUAGCAGCACACACCUAAACUGGGCGUCAGACAUUAAACAAUUUGGGGUGGGAAGGGGGUAGCUAAUGAGGCCACUGUGUUGAAAGCGGUCCUGAACCACUUCGAGGUGGCUCCUGGGGACCCUUAGGAAGCAGAGGAGGAAAUACCCUUGGCUAAGGGGGGAAGAGACGGUGAGGGCCAGGUUGGGUAUCAGCAGAGGCCAUGCCAGCUGGUGGCCUUUGGAGGAAGUGGUUAGAAGAGGCCGAGGCCUUUGAUCCGUCCUCCCGUUUCAGUCCUUCCGGGCUUUCUACCUCUGCUCAAGUAGCCCAGCUGUCCACGCAUGGCUGGGACUUGCAUUUUCUGAGCCUGGCCUUGGAACUGACCUUUGCUCCACUGUCAGACUUGCCUUGCAGUGUUUGCUGUGCCAGUGAAGCUUCGGUGUUGAAAUGAUUAAAUGUGGCUUUCUCACCAGUGUCACUUUCGGUUUUCUUACCCCAAGCCCUGGUUGCCAGGGACAUCUAUGGAGCUUGAGUCGGGCCCAUCAGAGUGGGGUGGGAGCACUGGGGUGGGUAAAGCUGGCAGGGUCUUUGGGAGGAAGAUGAAAUGCCCGGAGACCGGGGAAUACGACGCAACAGCCCUCCCUGUUCUUAUCAAUACCAAUGUUUUUUAGUACAGACACCAGUCACACUCAAAUGGCUAAGUUAUGGCCUCUCUUUGAAUUCUUUCUCAAUAGUCCAGCUGUUGCACUCAAGUUUUCUGAGUAGCCAGGAAAUGAACCUUUCAUCCUUUCAUAUGACAGAGGCAGCAGCAGAAGGGGAGUGGGAAAAGAACUCCUGACAUUGAGCCACUAAAUUAUAGACUAACUUCUCAGACAGCUCUUCAACAGACUGCGCUACUGUUUUUGUCUCGAAGAUACCAAGUUUGUGCAAUAAGCAGAAGGGAGUCAUCCCUGUCAAUAAAAGCUGAAAACAUUCAAGUUCAUUUUCUAGACC